UGUGACAUUUCCCACGGUCAGUUUAUGUUGUCCAGACGUUGAAAAAUGUCUCAAUAAAAACAUAUAUAAAGGUAGGCAACUCUUUGAAAGUACAAACCUGUAGUUUGUUGGUAAACUUCAACACAAAAUGCUCGUCUUCGCUCUUGUAUUGUGCUUGCCAGUGUUGGCCUUUGGUCAAGUGGACGUCAAUGCACUCGCCAACUAUGAGUUCAACAGGUUUGACAUUGACCAGGAUGGUAACAUUGAGCCACUAGAAGUCCAACAGUACUUUAGUCGUUUUGAUGCCAACCACGACCAGAGAAUCUCAAGACAGGAGUACCAGCGUGAGGUCGAGACACACCAUGAGAACAAUCCAGGGGCUAAAGAUCUUCUCCUGAGACUCUUUGACGCCUUGGACUACGACAACGACAACCAUAUCGACGACCCUGACUACACCCGCCUCUUCAACUCUGCUGACUCCAACAAAAACAAUCUAGUCAGCCAACGCGAGUUCGUCAUAUAUUUCCAUGACUUGGCUGGGGUACCAAUCACCAGAGGCAACCAACAAUAAAGCAAGUAACAAUUUACUAAUUAGAGGAUUACUUCACAUGUGUACACGUCGGUGUCAUGAUUGUAAACUAAUGUCAUUUUCAAUGUGAUUUUUUUUUUACAAAGUGUACAAUAUUGUACAUUUUCUGAAAUAAAUUUACCAUAAUUUUUUAAUACAUGCA